GAAAGGUGAGGGGUGCAAGGUGGCUAUUCGCCGGGGCGUGCUGGUUUUUUUCAGCGCGUGUGCUGGGCUACCUGGUCGACAUGGAGGCGGUCUCGGCGGAGGAGCUUGAUGAGGAGGAGCAGCUGGUGAGGAGGCAUCGCAAAGAGAAGAAGGAGUUGCAAGCAAAAAUUCAGGGUAUGAAGAAUGCUGUUCCCAAGAAUGACAAAAAAAGGAGGAAGCAACUCACCGAAGAUGUUGCUAAAUUAGAAGCAGAAAUGGAACAGAAACAUAGAGAGGAGCUGGAGCAAUUGAAGCUGACUUCUAAGGAGAAUAAAAUAGAUUCUGUUGCUGGUAAUAUUUCAAACUUGGUUCUUGAGAAUCAGCCGCUUCGGAUAUCCAAAGCACAAAAGAGACGGGACAAAAAAGCUGCAUUGGAAAAGGAACGGGAAGAAAGGAUAGCUGAAGCUGAAGUUGAGAAUUUAACAGGAGCUAGACACGUAGAAAGCGAAAAACUUGCUCAAAUAUUGGCAGCAAGGCAGUUGGAAAUUAAACAGAUUCCAUCUGAUGGCCACUGUAUGUACAGAGCCAUUGAAGACCAGCUGAAAGAAAGGGACUGCACCCUGACUGUGGCUGCCCUGAGGAGCCGAACUGCCGACUACAUGCACAGCCAUGUGGAGGACUUCCUCCCGUUUUUAACAAACCCUAACACAGGAGAGGUAUAUACUCCAGAAGAGUUUGGAAAGUACUGUGAUGAUACUGUAAACACAGCCGCAUGGGGAGGCCAGCUUGAGCUAAGAGCCCUGUCUCACAUCUUACGAACACCAAUAGAGAUAAUACAGGCAGAUUCUCCUCCCAUUGUAGUUGGUGAAGAAUAUCCCAAAAAGCCAUUAAUACUUGUAUACAUGAGACAUGCGUACGGCUUAGGAGAACACUACAAUUCUGUUACACGGCUGGUGCACACAGCUGCUGGAAACUGCAGCUAGUCUAUAAAAUGUUGAAGUUGGGUUUUUGUACAGUGUGCUGAUCUGAGUAUUCAUGCCAAGCGUUGGAUUGUUCUAAAUGUUUCUGGAAAACACAGCUACCUUAAACUAGUUUUAUGGCAAAGCUACUAACAGGUUUUUAAAAAAAUGUGUCGGAGACGAACUUUAACCCAUGUCCCCUUAGUGGUGUUUUAAAAAACAUUUGUAAGUCCCUUGCGGAGAACAUCAUUUAUAGGCCACAAUGGUACCCCGUGUGCUGAUAUUUUUAUUAAUAUAGGAUCCUGAACAUUCUGUUCUGUGUUGAAAUAAAUUAAAUUUUUUUCUCUCUCUUACUGAAAGCUUUCAGUAACUCUGUCAAUGUAAUUUUUCUUGAAGAAAUGAAGUGACUCAGCCUCAUGGACAUUACAGUAACGCGUUGACGGUGAUAGCGAAUGUAAUUAAUGCUUGUAAGUGAACUUGACUGCAGUAACCUUGGUGUUGAUGGGAUUAAUGCUGUGAAUCUUUUUAUAUAACCCCAUUAAGGGCAGCUAAGAAGCUUGCUUUAAUAAAGAAUUUUAAAAUACUUACUCAGAUGGGAAUCAGUUGCUAAGUUUUAAGAAAUGAGACAAACCAUUGGUAUAUACGUGUUCCUAGUCAGAUUUAAAUGCCUGAAGAAUUACAGAGAAGUCUUUUAUUUGUGUAUAACUUAAAAAGACCCAGCAGAUUACUGCCUUUCUGAUUCAUUUGUCACUCUUCACUGUUUCUUAAACUUCAGAAUGCUUGUACCAUCAUCUUUUUAUUAUCGUCAUAACCGUACAUUUUUAUAUUCUGAGUUGUGUUUUCUCUGUCACUACUCAGCUGCUUCUCUUUCCUUGCAACCUCUUCUGCUAAGAAAUAGUUCUUGGCCUCUCUUACUCUUUGACUUGUCCAAAUCGAAGGAAUAGCAGGCCAAAUCUACUUCACAUUCUUCCUCUUUUCCAGUUUGUCUUGCAAGAUCUCUCUUUUUGCUUCACUCUGUAGAAGAAAGCCUCUGUUACCUUUGAUUUUGUUAGCCUUAUUCAUACCACCUUUCCUCAAAUACGUGAGGGUAUUGUCUCACAUAUCUGAGAAUUUUUAUGUUAUUUAUAUGGACAGAGCUGAAAGCCACUGUUUGGGAACCAAGACUGCACAGUAAAAUCAGUACAGUGUUUUUCAGUUGAAUGACUUGUCUAGCUCAGAUUUUAUGUUGCUUCUAACAGUAUUCUAAGAAGACAGUACCCAUAUAUACAAACGUGUCUGAUAAUUUGUUACGUAAGGAGGUGUUAUAAAGAUGAGACCUUUUUGGUUUGAUCUGGUUUUCUCAAGUAAGAAAUAACUGGUAAGAUUUUGCAUCAAGUUUAUAAUAUUUGAAUUUUUUUCUCCAUGAAUAUGACUAAUUUUUAUAAGUAAAUAUUGGGUUUUAUAAUAUUAAAAAUGGGGUGUCAGUAUCACAUGCCCAGCAGGUGACAGUGUGGGAAGCUGGGGGGAGCAGUUGUGGUUAAGCUAGAGCAAGUAAGGACUACACGUGGGUAUUCGACUUCCAGAGAUUAAGAACCAUUCUGCCUGCCAAACAAAGUAUAUUCUGAAUGCUGCUUGUUUUGUAAUCCUUGAUAGGAAUUUUUUGGGGGUCUGAAAUUUAUAAAAGAGUGAAAUUAUGACAUACUAAGCAGCUUGGCUUUAUUUUGAAUUUAAAAUUAAAAGAUAAGCAUUAAGAAGUAAUAAAACAAGACACAAUGGAAUCUGAAUCUAGUUGUUAUGAAUUACAUCUAUUAUUUAAAGUAUUCUGAAAUAACUUAUUGGUAGCUAUUUUUUUUUUCUAGCAGGAUGAGUGGAAUUUUCUUGAUUGUAAGUGUAUUUUUUAUUUUUUAAAUGGCCAAUAUAAUUAUGAACAAGAUUUGUAUGGUCAGCUUCUGUUCUUUCAUAAGACUUGAGAUAAAAAUUAUUUUAGUUGUAACUUAAAAUCUUUAAAAAAUGGCAGAUAUACUGAUUUCUGCUGUAUAUAGAAGCAGCAUAUACUCAGUGAGUCUCCUGUGUGAUGCUGGUGUCUUAUGGAAGUUUCAUAAGCUUCCUUUUGUCCUAACUCAGAAAAGUUUAUGUCAGAGUUCUGCAAUAUGUCUUUAGCCAAAAAUUUUAUCCCUUAAAUAUGUUUACAACUUGUGUUAAACAAAAGAGAAUGUGUGUAACGAAAGUGAGCAAUAUAAUUUUGCUCAAAUUAUCUGUUUGCUAAAAGAAAAAUAAAAGGUGAAUGAAUUAAA